AUGAAUGUAAAAGAAUUUGAAGAGAAGGUCAAUUCAUCAAGUAUCGAUCAAAUAACACCAGUACUAUCUUCAACAUCCAAUGCUACAACUGGAUUAGAUUUUUUAAGAAUGAUUGAUGCAAUCUAUGUUAAACAACUUCCUUCAUUGACUGAAGUGCUUAUAAAGCCGUCUGUUCAAGUUUGCACGACUGGCUAUUAUACGUACCAGAAUCAAUGUUAUCCGUGUUCACCAGGACACUAUUGUCCAGACGGAGUCAAUGAAUACAUCUGUCCACCUGGUGAAAGUGCGUCAAGCUGGAAACAUGGAAGCUGUAAUACAUGUUCUUUUGGAUAUUAUUCAUCAUACGGCGGGUCAAUAGAAUGUACACGUUGUCCGAAAGGUUAUUUUUGUCCAAGACGAGAUCAAUCGCCAGUUCCUUGUAAUGUUGGUGAAGUAGCUGGUGAAGGAAAUAUACAAUGCAGCAAAUGUUCACUUGGGUACUAUUCAGCGAUCACAGGUGGUUCGGAGUGUUUACGUUGUCCUCCAGGUUACCAAUGUUCGAGAGUCGAUCAGGCACCAGUUCGCUGUCCCAUUGGAACCUAUUCGACAGGUGGUCAAACCGUAUGUAGUGAAUGUCAGAGAGGCUAUUAUACAACAUAUCUGAAUUCUACCCAAUGUUAUGCCUGCCCUCCUGGUCAUUGGUGUGCUGAUCCGAAACUUUGCCCAAAACCAUGUGCUGCUGGAACAUAUCAAGCUGAUCCAGGAUAUACUAGCUGCUACAGUUGUAACGGUCGAUGUUCAACUAUAAAUAGACUCUUCGAGUGUACAUCAUGCAUUCAAGCAAAAGCCAUCAAUUGUACGGAGGGACAAACGGUUCCUAUUUAUAACUGUUUUAUGACCUGA